UUCUGGGAGGCUUCCACAGAUCUUGGAGAAGGUUCUCAGCCAGGGAUUCUUAUCCAUGAAGCAUCUCACUUCCUGGGGAUACGAGAUAUCACCUAUUCCAAGGAGACUAUUUCUGUUGCCUGCAGAGGGAAGUUGGCAAAGUUGAAAGUUGAUUCAGAACCCAGUGUCCCAGAUCUGAAUCCCCUUGAGAAAGCAGUAUUAAAUGCUAACAACAUUCAGUAUGAAUUUGAAAUUACCCUAAAUCACAAAGGAAGAUACGAGAAUGGAAAAUACUCCUGCUGUGGGGAAAAAGCCGUGAACUCAGUUUGUGAGAAAGCUGUGCCUGAUGAGUUUCUUAUUCACUAUUUCAGGGAAAGCUCGCCAGAAAGGAAGAAGAUCAAUGAAGUGCUGCAGUCAUUAUUGCCGGCGAGAGACAGAUUGCAGAAGCUCUUCCCUGAGCUUCGGGAAAUUGCAGAUGAUAUUGACAUGGUCCACAAAGGAGCGACAAUAGCAAACAUUACUGGAGGGGCAGUGGGAAUUGCCGGGGGGAUAACGACCAUCGUAGGCCUCUGUCUCGCUCCUGUUACAUUUGGAGCAUCCCUGAUAGUCUCUCUUACAGGACUGGCUGUUUCUACAGCAGGGGGCCUGACCAGCGCAGCCGCAACCACCACAGAUAUAGUGGCAAGUAAAGUCAAGAAGGAGACAGUAGAGAAACUCUUACAGGAGUGUCAGGCCGAGCUGGGAAAUAUCAUAAAGGCUAUACAAUGCUUGGAAAGUUAUGGAGACAUUGCUUUUAUGUUUGCAUUCUCACAGAUAGGGUCUGGGGCAGGACGAGCUGUUCUCAACACCAUAAAAAUGGUCAAAGCUGGGCAGCUCCUGGCUAAUGCUGGUAGAGCUGCAAGAUUUGCAGGAGCUGCUACCCAUGUUCUAACAGCUCUCACCCUGGCGUUAGAUAUUUUCUUUGUAGCAAAGGAUUCUGUGGAUCUCCACAAAGGCGCAAAAACAGAGCUGGCAGCUAAUAUCCGAGAAGCCGUCAAUGAAAUGGAAAAAGUGAUUGUCCAAGUCAAUGAAAUGGAGCAAAUGAUUUGCCAAAUCAAUGAAAUGUACAAGGCACUAACUGCAGAUAAACAAGAGUGAAUUUUGGGCAAAAACAAAUGGCUCAGUCCUGCAAGAUGCUGAAUGUCCAUCCCCACUGCCUUCCACAGGGACUGGAGGGCUUCAGCGCCCCACAUCAUCCUGCUCUUUAACCUAGUGAUGUUCCUACAGAACACACCCACUCCCAGGCCCCACUCUUUAUUUAUGCACAUUCAUGAUUAUUACAUUUUACACAUAUUAAAACCAGCCCUAAAAUUAGUCAUUGAAUUUCUUAGUAGCAGCCGUAGUUAAAGACUUUUUCCACAAUUAAAAUGGUAACAGGGGUGGAUAGUGCAAGCUAGACAGUCCAACUGGCUUCUUAACCUCAGUCUGUCCCCAGCACUGUUGUUUUGUUGUUGAUUUCUUUCUUUCUAGCCAAUUGUGGGUCUAACAAGGUAACACCCACAACAAGCCUUUCAGGCACAACAAAGAAGACAGACAAUGCCAAUGGCUCAUCAACAAAGACAAUGGACCAUGGAAGAGCUUGGCCUUCCUGGGAACAUUUCAGCCAGUCUGUGAGUAAUGGCUGCUAGGACUCAGCAAGGGCAUGUGACCAGACCACAUGACACUGAACUCCAUUUUGGUAGGUGUAUUUUUCUACCAACUGGGCUUGGAACAAAGGGUCCCGCCCUAUGGAAAAACUAUACAAGGUGAAGAGUGACAUCAUCUCGGGGCCUCACUCCCCACACAAGAGAAUUCCUGGAAACACCUGAGGAACAAAGACUGAACUGGGGGAAAGGGCUGGUCACAGGCUAAAGGGAUUUUUAGCUUGUUUAUGGAAACUUGGUGGAUUGCUUGUAUCAUCAGCCUGGGUGAGAAAUUGAUAAUUUAAAUCCUAUCUAGUAUGUUAGGCUUAGUUUGUGUUUUUGUUUAUUUGCUAGGUAAUCUGCUUUCAUCUGUUUGCUGUCACUUAAUCGAUCUGUCUGUAGUUAAUAAGCUUGUUUUAUAUUUUAUCUUAACCACUGUGUUUUGAGUGAAGUGUCUGGGAAAAUCUCCUCUCUGUAAACAAAGGCUGUUGCAUACCUUUCCAACAUUGAGAAGAAAGCGAACUACAUUAACGAGCUUGCAUUGUACAGAUCCCUGUGCAGUGCAAGACAGAAUAAUUCUGGGUUUAUACUCCAGCAAAGGUGCAAGGCUGGGGAGCUGGGAAAUUGGCUGUUGUCUGUCCUUGAGUGGCUUCGGUAAAGCACUCAGGUAGCUCAGUUGGGUGAGUGGCGCCACCUGCUGUCAUGUUGGGGGAUAAUGGCCUGGAGGGGCUGGAUGAAUCACCAGCAGAGCAGUGUGAGAGAGGCCAGUUCAGCUGUAUGGUCAGGGGGCAAAGUGGUUCCCACGGCUCCCAGACUGCAGCCCAGGGUGACAACCUGUCACAACUUGUGUUCCCCACGACCUGGGGGAGUUACAGUUCCAUCUACUUAGGAAUGUGCUAACGUAGCACCAGUCAGCAAGGUGUCAAGGUUAGUCUCAUUGUGAAGGGGGCUGUAUUCUGGGGGAAAGAUGGAAAGUUCACUCCCACCCUGUAACCAUAAAAAUUAUUUAUUAAAAAAAAAUUGAAGUAAGAGCUGGAUGCCUUUACUCUACAGAGCUGUGAUUUGUGAGUUUCAAGUUCCUCAGGAGCUACAGCUACUGGCUGAGACACUGUUACAAUAAGUGCCCAUACAUGGGACCGCCGGAUGCUGGCUUUGAUUAUCUUUGAUGGGCAGGGGUUCUGCUCAGUUUACAGCUAGCUUUUUGGGAGGGAGCCCUUGACAACUUGCUAGGGAGCAACAAUACGAAGGUGCUACUACAUUUUAAUGAGUUUCACCAUCGUAGCUGUCACUACCACCACCACUUGCUGAGCCCCAGGAUUUACCGUCAUACUAUCUUCCACAUCCUGAAAGAUGUACACACCUGGUGAGAAGGAACCAGCUGGGUCAGGAAGAGUGGCCUUGUGGCUGUUUUCUUGACUGGGAAGCAAUUGAGAUUCUAUUCCUAGCCUACCACAGAUACCCUGUGUCACCUUAGACGUUGCACAGUCUCUCCUCAG